CACUUUAUAACCCCAAACACGUCAAUGAAGUUGGUCGUUGAGAGCAGUUUGCGAGAAAAACCACUAUUGUUUAUUGAUUCCUAGCGCCAUGUUUAAUAUUCAUUUAGAAUAAUUAGCCGGUUGUUUUUGAAGUCUCACUCGUUUACACCAGACAGCUGAUUAUUAACGCAACAAACUUUAUUCUGGACUUUUUUUUUUUUUUUUUUUGAGUGUUUUCACUAUGGAGGAUCGGAAGGAAGAGAACGAGGCAGAGAUUCAAGAACACGGACCCGAGCAUUGGUUUUCAAAUUGGGAAAGGCAGUGCCUCGCCGAGGCCGAUCAAGAAGAACCGAGAGAAGAGGAGGUCGACCAGAACCGAGAAAAACUAUGGCAUAUGUUUCAAAAUUCGGCUACGGCGGUGGCGCAGCUUUAUAAAGAUCGAGUUUGCCAUCAACAAGGACUGUCCCUGUGGGCGCCAUUUCAGAACGCAGCAACAGCCGUGACCAAUCUGUACAAAGAAAGCGUGGACGCACAUCAGCGGAGCUACGAGCUCGGGAUCCAGACGGGUCAGCAGAGACGCAACAAGGAAGUCCUGGCCUGGGUGAAGAAGCGAAGAAGGACCAUCCGGAGGGAGGAUCUGAUCAGCUUCCUGUGUGGCAAAGCUCCGCCUCCCAGGGUCUCCAGAGCCACGCCCAAAAUUCCACCCAACCGACCGCCUUCGUCAGAUUCCGUCUCUUCUGUAGAAACAGACCUGCAGCCUUUCCGUGAAGCCAUCGCACUGCAUGGUCUGAGUGGCGCGAUGGCCAGCAUCAGUGUCCGUUCCGGAACUCCGGGCUCUCCCACUCACGUGAGCGGCGGCGGCUCGAACCCGGGCCGCAGGAGAAACGGCCUCCACGACGUCGACCUGAACACGUUUAUAGCCGAGGAGAUGGCGCAGCACCUGGAGAACAGCGGCGGUGGCAGGAAGCGCACGAGCGCCCAGUGCAGCGACGUCAUCACGGACUCGCCGACCCACAAACGCAACAGGACGAUCUGAGCUCGAGAACACGCACACACACACACACAUACACACACACACACACACACACAUGCUGCUCGAAAAUAAAGCCACUUAAUCCUCA